AUGGCUGAAGAAAAAAACAACGAACUGGUCCCGGUUGCCGCUGAAUAUGAAGUCGUCGAUCAGGUAGAUGACCAAGCUAUCAUUGAGUUGAUGACUGGACAGACGAUUCAGGAUUAUGUCUAUUCCUUCAAACAGGGAGGACGUACGGUUGAAGGGUUGACCUUAGCCGGUAUUAACGAAGCCGCAAAUCGCCGUGGCGGUAUUCAGAUCGAAGAGAUCGAUUAUGAGGAUCGCGAGCAUUCUUGGAUUGCUACUGCUAAGGCGGUCGAUACAAUCACCGGUUCGUCUCGUUAUGGCGCGUAUGAGCAACCGAAAAUGGCAGGCGGACGCCCCGAUCCCUUCGCGUUCACCAAAGCAAUUCAUAAAGCGCAACGCAACGCAAUUAAACAAUUGAUACCUGUGCCGGUAAUCCGUGAGGUCCUGAAUUUCUAUCUGAAUCGAAAAGCGGGGAGUGACAAUGCGACGCAACAACCGCAGUUUGCAACAGGGUGGUGGAAAUAUCGCUAA